AUGAGCUCAGCGAAGGCUCCGCCGCUCUCCGCCGAUGUUUCGCUUGACUUUCAAGAUUCGGCGAAAACAGUUCCAUUAAGCCUGAACAGCCCUAAAACUACAGUAAGCAAAGAAGAUUGUCAACUUUUGUCACCGAAAAAAGCAAAGAAGCUGGCAAAGUACAUCAAAGACUCUAUUGAAUCCCCAAACAAUGACAAAUCGACCAAGAAAGCGGUCGAUUUGGAACGAUAUGAAAGGAUGUUGUUGUUGCUGACUCAAGUAGGAUAUCUGCCUGUGGCUGCUUCUAUGUUAUCUACUACUUUCUUUGAACCUUCUAAGGUGAGUUAAGCUUGAAAUGAAUUUUAUAGCCUUAGCCCUAGUCCAGAGCCCUAGCCAAGAGCCCUAGCUCAGAGCCCUAGCCCAGAGCUCUAGCCCAGAGCCUUAGCCCAAAGCCCUAGCUUUUAGUCCUAGUCCUGAGCCCUAGCCAUAACCCUACCAUGCCAUGCCAUGCCUCGUCUUGCCUUGCGCUGCCGAGUCCAGCCUAAAUCGGCCCUGCCUAAACUAGUUCAGCCUAGCACGGCAAGCACAACCCAACUUAGCUCAGUUUAGCCCAGAUUACCCUAUCCCAACCCAGUUUAGACCAGCUCGACUUAGCUCAGCCCAGAAAAGUUUAGCUAUGCCCAGUCCAGUUCAGCUCAAACCUUUGCGCUAGCCCAAGCCCAAAUCUAGCCCUGGCCCAGAGCCAUGACCCUGAGCCCUAGGCCAAAGCCAUAGCCCAGAGCCAUAACCCUGAGCCCUAGGCCAAAGCCAUAGCCCAGAGCCUAGGCUCUAUCCCUAGUUUUUGUCUAGCUCAUGCUUAUGAACAUGACCAUGCCUUAGCCCUAGUUCAUGCUCUAGUUCAAACCUUGGCCCAUGACUUAGCCUUUACUAUAUUACUUGCCCUAAAACAUGCUUAUGGCCAUGCCGUGACUCUAGUCCAUGCUUUUGUAUUUACCUAGCCCAAGCUUGUGACGAUACUUGUCUAUAAUGCUCACAUAUAUUACAGUACGUUUAAAUGGAACUUUCAGCACUUUUGCCAUUUAAUAAUCAACCGAACCUACGAUUUACCUGCCCUACAGUUCAAAGCCUUCGAAAGCGGUGAAUUCUACUCAUUGCUUUUCGAAUGGCAAGAAAUUUGCAUAAAUUCAUCAUGGAUGGUGCGAAUAUCGACCGCCGUGAUGGUCGGAGCUGUCUUGGGAGCAUUUUCAGCCGGAUUUUUGGCUGACUUUUUUGGCCGAAAGCCGGUGGUCGUUUGUUCAUUGUUAUGCUUGACAUUAGCGAACAUUACAUUAGUAAUGGUUGGUAGUGUAUCACCUGUAUUGGCAUUGUUCAUAUUUUUCUGGAUGGGCUGUGCUUCGGGCGGAUAUAUGGUUACUAAUGUGGUCUUUAUCAUCGAGGCUGUUAAGGUAGGUUGUAGUAUAAUAUAUUUCUAUAAAGGGGGUAGAUAUAGAGUAGAAUGACAAUGGGUAUGGUAUGUAGAUGGGCAUUGCCAUACGCAAAAGCAUGGUUACAUACAUGGGUUAAGGCUAGAGUCAGGACUAUGAUUAGGAACUAGGGCAUGGGCUAGGAUAUGAGCUAAGACAUGGGGUAAGGCAUGGGCAUGCACAACAUAGUCAUAAGCAUGUACUAGGACAAGGUUUAUGACAAGGGUUAGGUCUUAGGCUAGGGCUCGGGCAUGGAAUCUGACAUAGGCUAAGGCAUGAACAUGCACAUGAACAUGGUCAUAAGCAUGAGCAAAUGCAUGUUCAUAGCCAAGGGCUAUAAAGGGAGGGCUAGGUGGGGCUUGGUCAUGGGAUACGGCAUGGACUAGAGCAUGGACUAAGGCCAGAGCUACGACUACAAGUAGGGCUACAACUAGAGCUAGGGCUCUGGGCGAGGGCUCUGAGCUAGGGCUCUGGGCUGGAACUCUGGACUAGGGCUCUGGACUAGGGCUCUGGGCUAGGGCUCUGGGCUAGGGCUAGGGCUCUGGACUAGGGCUCUGGGCUAGGGCUAUGGGCUAAUGCUCUGGGCUAAUGCUCUGGGCUAAAGAUGUGGCCUAGCGAUAGGUAUGAUGGCCUUUCUUAGUAGUACCGUAUACCUUUUACAAUUUAUUUAAAAAAUGUUUUCAGAGUGAACGAGAACGACUAGUAGUAGCAUCACUAAACGGAUGGCCUAUUGGAAUGCUAUUCACUGCAAUUGUCAGUUACUUGGCCAAACAGCAAAAACUUUAUUACCUAAUAACCGCUGGGACGUCUUUAGUCAUCGCUGCUUUGUUGGUAAGAUAUUAAGUUGUUCACAUAAUUCCGAGCCCUCUGAAGUUGUUCAAAUAAUUUUGAGCCCCCUAAGAUUGUUCAAAUAAUUCUGAGCCCCUUAAUUUUGUUCAAAUGAUUCUGUGCUCUCUAAGUUUUUCAAAUAAUUUUGAGCCACUUAAUGUUGUUCAAAUAAUUCUGUGCCCCUUUAAGGUUGCUCAAAUAAUUCUGAACCCCACUCAAAGCAAAUUUUUAGAAUUAGAGGGCGCAGAAUUAUUUGAACAACCUAAUACUAUACUUAAAAAACCAAAAUUUAAAAAUUUUUUUCUCAAAAUUUAAAAAUUUUUUCCAAAUUUAAAUUUUUUCAUUUUUAUUUUAUUUUGAUUCAUCACAAUUUUCAAAAUAAAAAUUUUAGCAACUUUCCUCCUUCGAAUCAGUGGGCUGGCUAACAAACCAAAACGAGUCAGCCAAGGCCGCCUGUGUCCGACGGCAGAUCAAAAUUCGCAAUAACCGAGGGAAUUGGCACAAUUUAAGCUUGAGAUCAUUCAAAAAUGGCACAACGUGUAGUGGAAUCAUUCGAAACGCCGAAAGCGACCCUCAAUUGCCCUUCAAAUCACCAGAAUUGAGCUUGAAAUGCUCGAAAUGCGAAGGAAAAGUUCCGGUCGAUAAAGUGGUCGAUAAUGUGAAAAACUAUGGAGAACACACUGACAAUGUUCAAAAUGGCAUAACUCGACCGGUCGAUAAGGAAAACGAACUUAAAACCGAGAAAAGCAGAAAAUUUUGCUCUGAAAACGGUCAAAAUGAAGAAAUUUGCUCUAAAAGUUGCCGUAACUUAACGGACAAUGAUGAAAAUCAACUGAAAAUUGAUGUCAACAAUACUGCAAAGACUUCUAAAGGUACUAUUAAUUUAAAGGACAACAACAUUUUACUGGAUAACGGAAGCAAGACCAAUAUUCUACUCGACCAAGCAGAUUUUCAGCCCAAUUUUGAUGACUUUUCGACCAAAAUUUGUCAAAAUAUAGUUAAUGAAGCUAUUACAUCACACGAUGUUGUAUGUAAAAAUGAUGAUAAGAGUGUGUUAAAUGGUACUCAAUGCUUAGAAUGUCAGGUUAGAGAUGAAGAACAUAACAAUUCAUGUUUUAACAUCAACUACAGUGAUGUUGAUCAUGGUGAAGAUAGAAAAGUUGAUGGAAAUGAUUGCAAAGGUAAUGUAGUUGGCUGUAAUGAUAAAGAUGAUGAUGUAGACGAUAUGUAUGGCCAUUUAUUACGCAGUAAACCCAAAACGACAGACCAAAAUACCCUACAAAAUGAACUACAACAAGACCAGUCAGACCUACGACAAGAUUCACAAAAAGACAAAUUACUUCAAAAUACAGUAACCCUCGACUCUCAAAACGACUCAUCUGAUGAUAUAUACCAAGCUACAACUAUAACACCGACAAACAUGACAGAUGAAGAUCAAAUUCUAGAGUUAGAGAUGAAGAAACAGUCAACAAUGACAUACCUUGAUCUUUUCAAAUAUUCGACUAUAAGACGGCCACUAAUUGCGUUACUGUAUUGCUUUUUGUCAUCAUCGGUGGUGUCAUUUGGUUUUUACUUUAAUACGGAUUACUUACCUGGCAAUCGAUAUUUGAACUUAGGGCUAAUGGGCCUUUUGAAGUUCACUUUAGGCUUAAUUCCUUUCUUUUUCUCUUAUCUGAUCUCAAAGAAACUGAUCAUUCUGCUUUCAGUUGGUAAGUAAAUAUUAUUGAGUACCCUACACUAUCCUACCCUACCCUACUUUACAGUAUGUUCUUCCAUACAGUAAACCCUAUCUUACAGUAUGCUUUAACCUACAGUACGCUUUAUUUUAUAAUAUACCUCUUCCUACAGUAUACUUUGUCCUACCCUACCCUAGAUUUUGCCCUUUUUUCCCCCCACCUCACUCUGCCUUACUUUACCCUAACCGUACCCCACGCCCUGCCUGCCUUAACCGGGUUCUACGCCCUGUCAACUUCUGCCCUUCCCUGCCUUUUGUUACAGUUUCACGUUACUUUUCUCUACCCUACGCUGACCGCCUUUACUUUACCCUAGGCCUCCCAACCCCUAAAUUUGCCCUGUCCUCCUUAAAGUCAAACUUUCAUUUCCAGGAACGGCCUGUGCCUGUUGCUGGUCGCUAAUAGCAGCUACAACAAUACUGUCGCUUAACGACAGCAUUGUGGUUACUGUAAUGGGUUUAAUGGUGACAGCUUCAAUGGAUCCGACUUGGAAGAUUAGUCAUUUAUACUCGGUAGAGUUGUUUCCAACUGCUGUGAGAAACAUGGCCAGAGGGGCUUGUAAUGUCACUGCUAGGCUUGGCAGUAUGAGUGGGCCAUUGGUAAGGUUUUUAAAAUAGAAAAGCAGGGUAGAUUAAGGUAUGGCAGGGUAGGUAAGGCAAGGUAAAGCAGAAUAGGGUAAGGUAAAGUAGUGUAGGGUACGGUAGAGCAAGGCAGGGUAGAUUAUGACCAGAUAGGAAAGGGCAAUCCACAGUAGGGUACGGUACGGAAAUUGUAGAGUAGGGCUUGGGAUAAGGCUGGAGCAGAGUAAGGUAGGGAGAGCAAGAUAGAGUAAAGUACAGUACGGCCUAAACAAUUUAUUUUUUAGAUAAUCCUAAUGAGGUCAGUAAACCCAUCUCUACCGUACUGGUUAUUCGCCGUACUAUUAACCUUACAAUGGUUAGUAUUGGCCCUAUUUAUGCCCAGCAAAUCGGCCGAUGAACUACCAGAAAGUAUGCCAAAUCGAUCCAAAAAAGAGCUUAAAUUAUUGGAAAACGCGUAA